CAUCCAGCAGCCCCGGCGGCGGCGGCGGCGGCGGCGGGGGCCCGGGUCCGCGCGCCUGGGCGGCCGGCGGGCGCGGGCCGGCGCGAUGGAGCCGCAGCACGUGCGCCCCGCGCCCGGCGUCCGCAGCCCGACCUGGGAGGAACCGGACGCGGAGAGGAUGGCCGGGGCCGGCGGCCAGCACCACCCUCCGGGCGCCGCGGGCGGAGCGGCCGCCGGGGCCGGAGCCGCAGUCACCUCCGCCGCUGCCUCGGCGGGGCCCGGAGAGGAUUCGUCCGACAGCGAAGCGGAGCAAGAGGGACCCCAGAAACUGAUCCGCAAAGUGUCCACCUCGGGGCAGAUCCGGACCAAGACCAGUAUUAAAGAGGGACAACUUUUGAAGCAAACCAGUUCUUUCCAGAGGUGGAAAAAGCGAUACUUCAAACUUCGAGGCCGUACGCUCUAUUAUGCAAAGGACUCAAAGUCUCUGAUAUUUGAUGAAGUUGACCUCUCAGAUGCCAGUGUAGCUGAAGCAAGCACAAAAAAUGCUAACAACAGCUUCACGAUCAUCACUCCAUUCAGAAGACUGAUGCUGUGCGCUGAGAACAGAAAGGAGAUGGAGGAUUGGAUCAGCUCACUGAAGUCUGUACAGACCAGAGAACCUUACGAGGUGGCGCAGUUUAAUGUGGAACAUUUCUCAGGGAUGCAUAACUGGUAUGCCUGCUCCCAUGCCCGACCCACUUUCUGUAACGUGUGCCGAGAGAGUCUUUCUGGAGUCACCUCCCAUGGCCUGUCCUGCGAAGUGUGUAAAUUCAAGGCUCACAAAAGGUGUGCGGUGAGGGCGACGAACAACUGCAAAUGGACGACGCUGGCCUCCAUCGGGAAGGACAUCAUAGAGGACGAAGACGGAGUGGCUAUGCCUCACCAGUGGCUGGAGGGUAACUUGCCUGUGAGCGCCAAAUGUGCCGUCUGUGACAAAACGUGCGGCAGUGUUCUCCGUCUUCAAGAUUGGAAAUGCCUUUGGUGUAAAACGAUGGUACAUACUGCCUGCAAAGAUUUAUACCACCCUAUAUGUCCACUUGGCCAAUGUAAAGUGUCUGUCAUACCUCCAAUUGCACUAAACAGCACUGAUUCUGAGGGUUUCUGUAGAGCAACAUUUUCAUUCUGUGUUAGUCCUCUGUUGGUUUUUGUCAAUUCUAAGAGUGGAGAUAAUCAGGGAGUAAAGUUCCUUCGACGAUUUAAACAGUUGCUAAAUCCGGCUCAGGUGUUUGAUUUAAUGAAUGGAGGGCCUCAUUUAGGUUUAAGAUUAUUCCAGAAGUUUGACAAUUUCCGGAUUCUUGUGUGUGGAGGAGAUGGAAGUGUAGGUUGGGUUUUGUCAGAAAUUGAUAAGCUCAACUUGAAUAAACAGUGUCAGCUGGGAGUAUUGCCUUUGGGUACAGGAAAUGACCUUGCCCGGGUUCUUGGCUGGGGAGGUUCAUACGAUGACGACACUCAACUUCCUCAGAUACUAGAGAAGCUGGAACGAGCCAGUACCAAAAUGUUGGACAGGUGGAGUAUAAUGACCUACGAACUCAAAUUGCCACCAAAGGCUUCUCUACUUCCAGAACCUGCGGAAGCAUCUGAAGAAUUUUAUAUGACAAUUUAUGAAGACUCAGUUGCAACUCAUCUUACUAAAAUCCUCAAUUCUGAUGAACAUGCAGUGGUCAUAUCAUCUGCCAAGAUACUAUGUGAAACUGUAAAGGACUUCGUUGCCAAAGUAGAGAAGGCACAUGAAAAAACGUUGGAAAAUGCUGUGGUAGCCGAUGCCGUGGCCAAUAAAUGUUCAGUCCUAAAUGAGAAACUUGAACAGCUGCUCCAGGCUUUGCACACAGAUUCCCAGGCUGCUCCCGUUCUCCCAGGCGUCAGCCCUCUCAUCGUAGAAGAAGAUACUGUGGAAUCUUCCAGUGAAGAAUCCUUGUGUGAAAGCAAGGAACAACUUUUGGAUGACACUACAAAACCUUCCUCACAAAAAGUUGUCAAACCAAAGGAAAUAAUGUUGCGGGCGAACAGUUUAAAGAAAGCAGUGAGGCAAGUCAUUGAAGAAGCCGGAAAAGUUAUGGAUGACCAGACAGUUCACCCCUGUGAACCAGUUAAUCAGUCAUCUGAUUACGAUAGUACAGAAACGGAUGAAUCUAAAGAAGAAUCUAAAAAUGAUGGUGCAAAAGAGUCAUUAACUGUUAAAACCACACCUCAGUCUCCAGAUGGCCGGGCAAGUCGUUCCCAAACUGACUCUGGCCCUGGUCCAGCUGUGGCAGCCAGCAAAGAAAACCUCCCUGUGCUCAAUACCAGAAUAAUCUGCCCAGGUUUAAGAGCAGGACUAGCUGCCUCAAUUGCUGGGAGUUCUAUUAUCAACAAAAUGUUACUGGCAAAUAUUGAUCCUUUUGGUGCAACGCCAUUUAUUGACCCAGAUCCAGAUUCAGUAGAUGGAUAUUCAGAAAAAUGUGUCAUGAACAAUUACUUUGGGAUUGGAUUAGAUGCAAAAAUUUCAUUAGAAUUUAAUAAUAAGAGAGAAGAGCACCCUGAAAAAUGCAGGAGCCGAACUAAAAACUUGAUGUGGUAUGGAGUCCUUGGAACACGGGAGUUAUUACAGAGAUCGUACAAGAAUUUAGAACAGAGGGUUCAACUUGAAUGUGAUGGGCAGUAUAUUCCUCUCCCCAGCCUGCAAGGAAUAGCAGUGCUGAACAUUCCCAGCUAUGCCGGAGGCACUAACUUUUGGGGUGGAACUAAAGAGGAUGAUAUAUUUGCUGCACCAUCAUUUGAUGACAAGAUCCUGGAAGUCGUUGCAAUAUUUGACAGCAUGCAAAUGGCAGUUUCAAGGGUUAUUAAGCUACAGCAUCAUCGAAUAGCUCAGUGCCGUACAGUAAAAAUCACUAUAUUUGGUGAUGAGGGAGUCCCAGUGCAGGUGGAUGGCGAAGCAUGGGUUCAGCCUCCAGGGAUUAUCAAAAUUGUGCACAAAAACAGAGCUCAGAUGCUAACGAGGGACAGGGCUUUUGAAAGCACUCUGAAAUCUUGGGAAGAUAAACAGAAGUGUGAUUCUGGUAAACCAAUUCUUCGAACCCAUCUGUACAUCCAGCAUGCUGUUGACUUGGCAACAGAGGAGGUGUCGCAGAUGCAGCUCUGCUCCCAGGCUGCGGAGGAGCUCAUUACCAGGAUUUGUGACGCAGCCACAAUCCACUGUCUUUUGGAGCAAGAACUGGCCCACGCUGUGAAUGCAUGCUCCCACGCACUGAAUAAAGCCAACCCGCGGUUCCCAGAGAGUCUUACGAGAGACACUGCCACUGAAAUAGCCAUCAAUGUGAAGGCACUAUAUAAUGAAACAGAAUCUUUACUAGUUGGCAGGGUUCCUUUGCAUUUGGAAUCUCCACAUGAAGAGCGGGUAUCCAAUGCCUUACAUUCUGUGGAGGUGGAAUUACAGAAAUUAACAGAGAUUCCUUGGCUUUAUUAUAUCUUACACCCAAAUGAGGAUGAGGAGCCUCCUAUGGAUUGCACCAAGAGAAACAACAGAAGCACAGUAUUUCGUAUAGUGCCAAAAUUUAAAAAGGAAAAGGUUCAUAAGCAGAAGACAAGUUCACAGCCUGUUCAGAAAUGGGGCACAGAGGAAGUUGCUGCUUGGCUGGAUCUGCUCAAUUUGGGAGAGUACAAAGAAAUCUUCAUCCGUCAUGACAUCAGAGGGGCUGAACUUUUGCAUCUGGAAAGGCGAGAUCUUAAGGACCUGGGGAUACCGAAAGUGGGUCAUAUGAAGCGAAUUCUCCAGGGAAUUAAAGAGCUUGGAAGGAGUACUCCCCAGUCUGAGGUGUAAUAAUAUUGGUGCUAUUCCUUGGAAGGGAAGUAAUUGCUACUUAAUACGAAGGUCUUGGAAGCAAUUGGCUGUUCUUGUAGUUUUCUGCCUAGAUAAGUAGGCACCACUGAAGCACCUCUAUGGCUUGAUAUUUUGCUGUGGAUGAAAAUUUUGAUUUGAGAUAUUAGAAAAUAUUUUUGUGCCAAAAAAAUACGUUCCAUGAAGCCAUUUUCUUAUUGUGCAAACAGUGUGACAUAUUCAAAUAUGCUUUUAUUAGUAAAAAGGUAGGAAGAAUCUGAGACAGUGGCAUGGUCUAAAAGGUAGAAUUUCAAAAUGUUUACUUUCCUUAAACCUGGUCAGAUGGAAUGUUCUUACUGUGCAACCGCAUAACAGUAUGUGGCUAAAACUUCUUAGGUUUCAUUAUUGGAAGCAUUGGCUUCUUCCUUAAAAUCAUUGGUUAGGAGACUAAGAUGUAAAUUUAGUUAUGUUUUGAAUGUUGGAUUGGUAUCACCUCAGAUAUCUAGCACUCAGUGGUCAAAGAAUAUGGUUCAAACCCCUCAAAUACUAUGAAUGAAUGCAAAUCUUAAUGCACGAUGUUUCUGCCUGAAUUAUCUUUCUUUUUCUUGCAUGUCACAUCUAAUAUUAUAGCACUUAGCUUUACUGUCAGUUUUAAUGGAAUUUAAUUUAUUACUACCUAAGUACCUUUUUGUUGGCAAAAGGCACUUUUCUAUUCUUUGAUGUGGAAUUUUGCAUAAAUAUUCUGUAUCUAAGAAUUUGUGAACAUGUGUCUGUGCCAUAAUCAACAAAUGAUAUACAUCUUAUGCAAGCCAAUUUUGUGUCAGCCUAUCAUAAACAGUAGGUGUGCACAUUAAGAAAAUUCUCUGGAUAUUUUCAUGAAAUUACAUGUUCUGUUACCUAACAAAACUUAGUAUGGCUUUCCAAACUGAAAUUCCCACAAUUUAUUCCUAGUGCUCAUUUCAAUUUAAUAAUUAUUUAAUACUCUGUUUGCAUUUAUAAUGUAGUAGACUGUUGACUUCCAGGAAGUUCCCCAAGGUCUCAACCGGGAUAUCUGUACCGAUUGGUCACCCAGACUCACCCACCAGCUAAAGUAACUCCUGACACAAACUUCCCAACAGAAGAGAUUUAAAAUUUUUCUUAAGGGCUUUACAUCAUUAUUAUUAUUAUCUUACUUAAUUCUUAUAUCCUAUCAGGUAGAUAUUAUUUUUCUUUUUCUAAACCACUGUACUUCGGUGUAACUCAUUAGGAGUCAACAUUACAAUGAUCAAAUAUUUGAAAGCCAAAGGCAUACAUAUCAAAAAGUCACAAAAAUAUCCUUAAAUAAGCUUUCUUUAAACAUUAUAUACCAAAAAAAAAGUAGUUAUAAUAUUGAAGAAUCUUCUAUAUAAGAGAAAUAAACAGGGUACUGACCCAGUGGUGACAAUUUUCAUAAAGUAGCCUUCUAGGUAGGUGCUCAAUAGAAACACGUACACACACAUAUAUACAUAUACACAUAUAUGUGUACAUACACACAUAUACAUUUAUAUGUAUAGUCACACUUACAUACAUAUAGUCUUGAGAUAUACUCUCAUUGAUAUUUUCUAGACAAUUAUUUGCCAAAUGCUUAAAGAGAAAUAUCGAUGGGAAAGCAUUUAAAAUGAACUAUUGUAAGAUAUAUACUUUAAUUCUAUCGAAGGAGUUUAAAUAUUUGACACUUUAUUCUUAUUUAUAACUUGGUUAUUUAACUACUAGUAAAAUCACAAAAUUUGGAUAUAUUAAAAAUAAAUGAACCUGAUGGGUUCCUGACCAAGUGUGUUUGACUAUAUAGUUUACCUAAGUUGUGAAUAAAUGGAAGUUUUCCAAAGGGAAUUAUAUCAAGUGGCUUAAAAGAGUAAAAAGCUACUCACUUAAUAAUUUUAAUGGUACCCACACCUAUGAAAUCAAAGGUCUUCAUUUCCAGCUCCUUUUCUAGUCCCCACCUUGCAAGGUCUCCUGCUCUUCCAAGCGCUUUCCUGUGAAAUCAGAAUAGGAGGUGCCAGUUCGCAGAACUCUGCUGAGAUCGCAGAUCCCUGUCAGCUCUACUAAAAGAAGAAAGGCGGGGGGCAAGGAGGCGAGGAGUCUAGAGGAGAAUGAAUUAAUAUAAAAAUCCUCAUUGAUUUUCACUCCUCCAAAAUACCCCUUUGCCAAUAGAAAAGAUUCUCAAGCUAUUACAUGUGCAAAAUUUAAGAGUAAGAUGUAAAUGAUUGAGUUUUUUUGUUUGAUGUUGAUCUUUCACUCUUAGGUAACGUUGUCUUAUGUAUGCUGUAAAACCUCACUUAAUGGAAUCCUUAGUUAGCUGGAAUUUUCCUGCGAGUGGCUUUUGGAUGAGAGAAAUCCUUUAAAGUGACAAUUCUGGUAUCUUUUCUUGUUAAAUGAGAGCAAUUUUUCCUGUACACUUUGUCUAGCAUGGCUGUAUAGCGCCCAAAUGACUUCAUUCACAUCUGUUUGCCAGGACUGUGCCCUCAGAGCCUCCUUAGGGCCCUGUCAGCGUCACAGAGGAACCAGCUUCUUAGAGCAGGUGGGGUUACAGAAAAGGGAAGAGCUUCUCCAUGGGAUCUGAUCGCAGCUCUGCGGAGUGCAGGUAGGGCCUCUGUGCCUUGAGCACUCAAACUAAGCUGGGAAGCUCAAGCCUGCUCUUGAUAGCCAGCUGUAAUUGUCACCUUCCCUCCCCACUGGGCUCUCCCACAGCUUGA